UUAUUUUCGAAAGCAAAGUGUAUAUAUAAUUUCGCAUCGUAGUAAUGGCAACUCCGAAAGUAUGGGCAAAAAUACAACCACUGGAGAACCCCAGUCUGUUGGACAUCACGACGGAACAACUGGCUGUAAGCAUGCAAGAGAGAGAGUUCCAGAAACUUGACAACGAAGAUAGUGCAAACACAACAAAUAGGAAGAUAAAUGAAACAUAUGAUGCAAGUGACACUGGUAACGAUGAGGUGAUUGCGAAUUUGUUGCAAGCCCAAUUCAAUCAAGAGUAUGACACAAUGCUAAAACGUACAGAAGAGAAAUUCAAUCGCGACUCGAAAGUGAGUAUCUCGUAUAGUAAUUAUCGUAACUCUUCAUAUGAUAUCAAGGAUGAAGAUAGCAUAGAUUCCGACGACAGCAACAGGGACUUUGAUCGCUUUGUCAGCAUAGAGAAAGAAUAUGCUUCGAUACCACGUUGCGGAUACAAAAAGGUGGGAAAGGGUUCUCAGAUCGUCACAAAGCACGACACACUGAUGUCUUCCAGAAUAAACGCUUGUCGAGUGUUACAAUUCCCGCCGGGAAUUCAAACGGGGGAUACCGGUGGAUUCGAUGUCAAGCUGAACAAUAAAGUGUUCAAUACGUUGCGCGCUCACAGCCAUGCGCAAUGUUCCAGAGAAAGAGCUAAAGUCUUGCCAAAGUCGAAAACUCAUCCGAAAUAAAAAGUUCAGCAUGUUUUCCACCUGGUAGUAGUAGUAUCUCGUAUUCUGCCAAUAAACGUUCUUGGUAUCUUAAUUACUGUGAAACAUCGCUUACGUAAAGUACCGCAAACUUGAUAGUAUGCUAUAACUUCUGAUCAUUCAAAACGUAUGGGAUUACAGUUAAACGAUUCACGAUCAGUAUCAUCAGUAAUAUUUUUCAGACACUCAAGGUACUUGAGAUACCGUUGCACAGAGUACGAAAUACUUCUGCUGAUAAUCUCCUUUGACUUAUUUAUGUCGCCUUGUUAUUUUAAACGUUUCAGGAUAAUUAUGUAUGUGUCGAAACUUUGUACGUUAAUUUUAACAGAUUUCCAUAUAAGUCAUAUUAUGUAGAAACUUCCCCUCAAGAAAGACAUGAUAAAUAAAUUUCGCAACGGAAAAAGCAU